AUGGUAACUUGUGAUCCGGCGAUUCUCGAAGUGUUUGACGGUACAGAUGAAGCAAACGAGGACACCGUUCUUUUCACACUUGGAAACUCUACUACAGGAAUUCGGGGUUGUCACCGAGGCCAGUUCUUAACGCACUUACUCAAACAUGUUCCCAAUGACAUGAUACAUUACAUGGGCAGACGGAUUCGAAUGAUCUUCCGAGACGGAUCAACCGCUGAGGCCGAUGGAAUAAUCGGAUGCGAUGGAAUCAAAUCUCACACAAGAGGGAUCGUCAUAGGACACAAUCAUGCCGCUACGAAGUGCACCUACACCCAUAAGUAUACUUACCGCGGUUUGAUACCGAUGAGCCAAGCCGUAGAGAUUCUGGGACCAGACAGAGCAAGAACCUCCGGGUUGUGGGUCUGCAAUGAUGCACACAUAGUCACCUACCCGGUGGCUCAUGGGAAAAUGCUGAACUUGGUCGCUCACACCUCAACUACCGAAGAGUGGCCAAGCGAGACCCAAUUUACACUCCCCGCUACAGUAGAUGACUGCAUCAAAGACCUUAAAGCUUUCAGUCCGCGAAUGCAGAGGGUGAUACAGCUUUUGAAAGUUCUGGACAGGUGGGCUCUGUUCGAUUUAGGCGAUGACUCGGUCCCUACAUAUGCGAAGGGCCGUAUAUGCCUUCUUGGAGACGCAGCACACGCAUCCACCCCGCAUCAAGGUGCUGGAGCGGGAAUUUGUGUUGAAGACGCGGCAGUCAUGGCAUCACUGUUGGCAGACCAAACGGUACGAGAUAGUAGAGGAAUUGAGGCUGCGUUUGCUGCAUUUGAUGCUAGCCGUCGGGAAAGGGGUCAAUGGCUUAUUCGGGAGAGUCGAAGGGCUGGCGAACUUUACGAUCUCCGGACGGAGCAUGAGAAGGACUUUGAUAAGCUACGCGAGGAAAUCUAUGCGCAGGCAGAGGAGUUGGAAUUUUGA